AUGUCGUAUCCUGACCUGGCCGAUUUGGAAAGCUGGGAAGUAAUCUACAAAGAGGAGUGCUUGAGCUUUAAGGCAGGUCUAGAGACACAAGCCGAGAUUCUGAGAAAUGACCCAGAAGGCCAAGGUAUCAAUCGUAUCAAGGACGUCCGCAAAGAGCUCAUCUCUCUUUCCCGUCAGGCAGGGCGGAUCAAGGAGGCUGCUUUUGAGAUGGUCCAUCAAACCCCAGACAGUGUCUAUGUCCGCAACGCGACCCCCGAUUGGCUCUCCUCUCGAUUCGAAGAUCCACAGCUAGAGCGAGUGUGUAUUAGCAUGGAAUACAGCUUAGACCGACUAGCGUUUGAACUUAGAUCUGACCCAUCAAUGGACCUUAUGGUUGCGGGACAUCUUGAGCAAAUGACGGAUGAUAUCGAGAUGGACUUUCUUUAG